AUGUCGGCGGUUCGAUACACUAAUGGCUACGGCGCUCCCUUGUCGCCACAAGCCCCCGGGCAGCUUUACUCGUGGGCUUAUGAGCUCCUUGAACUGGUUGCGAAGGUUGAGGAGGUGAUGUGGAAUGCUGAUGAGGUCGACGUCGCCUUCGAAGACUUCCCCGAGGCAGUCUUUUUCUUACCCUUGAAGAAGGUGAUCGACCAGUGCACAAAGGUAGUGGAGAGGAUAUGGCCCCUGAUGACAGACUGGAGGCCGACAGGAGGCUCAGAGCUAGUUGAACAACGACACUUGACACAGUCCUUUGUAUUCUUGGGCGACGUGACGUGCAAAUUGAACAACCCGAACUGA